AACAUGACAACAACACGAUAACAAAACAAUAGCAGCAUGAAGACCAAAAUGGCUUAAAAAGAAAAACAAACAUCCUGAAGAAUGAGGCAGCUCUUACAGUCGCUGAACACACCACCCCAAUUCCAUCUCUCAAAUCCACCCCCUCAUCCACAAAUCAAAGCAGCUAAAGUUGCCAGACAAGGCUGCAAAAUCUCUCGCCGAGACCUCACCACCAGAGGCUCCACCGUACCCUUUCUCCUAGCCACCUACUUCUGGUCAUCCCAAGCCCAGGCCAACAGUGAUGAACCAAGCACCAGCAUUAGCUCCCCAGAAGCUGAUUCCAUGAAAAGUGACUGCACCAACCAACCAACCACAAAGAAAGCAUUUUUGGAUGUCUCCAUCGAUGGAGAGCCGGCAGGCCGGAUCAUCAUUGGGCUCUAUGGUGACAGUACACCAUUUGGGUCCUCCAGGUUUGCUUCUCUGGUGACUGGUGCUGCUGGAAUUAGCUAUCGAAGAAAGGAGUUUGUCAAGAUCAUGCCCAAUUACAUCCAGCAUGGUGGGAUCAGAUCUUAUGGUGCUGAUGCCGAGCUCGCAGACAGGACUGGAAGCAAUUUGGCAACAGACAGUUUGGUGUCAGAGUGGGAAGCAGCAAACAAGACAUGCCCUGGAACAAAGAAUAUAGCUGGUUCGCUAGGAAUUGUGAUCAGGGACCCUGCAAAACCACCACCAAAGCUGAAACUGGUGGCAAGAAAAGGGAAGCUGGAGAUUGAUGAGGAGGAGGUUGGAAAAGAUCCAAAUGGGACCGAGUUCUUGAUAGCCACCAAAGAUUCACCGGAGCUAGAUGCAUCAACAUUGGUGGUGGGGAAGGUGCUGGAGGGGAUGGAUGUUGUGGAGAGAAUUUCAAAGGUCAAGACUGUUCAAGAGAACACAGGUUCCCCUUACUUCAGGGUGGCGAAGUUGAUAGGCGAUAAAAGGGCGGUUGUCGCAGAAAGAGGCUUUAACCGCCCAUAUUCGAAAGUCAUCAUCACCAACUGUGGAUUAAUAGAUUAGAGCACUGGACUGUUUCAUCCUCUCUUUUUUGCAGUAGGUGAGAGGAAGAAGAAUACAAUUUGUAGUCUUUUCAUUAUUUAAACUCCAAGCAAGAGCAAUUUUACCUGGCAGGUCUGAGACCUGAUAGAAACCCAUCUAGUCUGCUACUCUCAAAUCAAGAAUUCCAUUAGGACCUUUGAGCCUAGGCAAUAACAAUAAAUGAGCUCACCUAGUUCUUAUACCAGGAAAAAAGAUUCUUAAAAGAUGCAACCAGAUUGAAUUCCAA